AAGUGCUUGAGUACCGGAAAACGUGCGCGCUGGGCGGAGGAAGCUCGUUCGGCGGCUGUGUUGCCAUGGGCCGGAGGAAGGCAUCAGGUUCUGGGUCCCUCGGCCGGGCGCUUAUCCGGCAUCAGACCCAGCGGAGCCGUGGGCACCGUCACACCGACGCCUGGUUGCACACAAGUGAACUCAAUGAUGGCUAUGACUGGGGUCGUCUUAAUCUUCAGUCGGUGACUGAACAGAGCUCCCUUGAUGACUUCCUUGCAACUGCAGAACUUGCAGGAACAGAGUUCGUAGCUGAGAAGCUUAAUAUUAAGUUUGUGCUUCCUGAGGCUAAAACUGGACUGCUGUCUUUUGAGGAGAGCCAGAGAAUUAAAAAGCUCCAUGAAGAAAACAAACAGUUCUUGUGUAUACCAAGGAGACCAAAGUGGAACAAGAAAACUAGCUCCGAAGAACUCAAACAGGCAGAAAAAGAUAACUUUCUAGAAUGGAGACGUCAGCUUGUCCGGCUAGAAGAGGAACAAAAGCUGAUAUUGACUCCAUUUGAAAGAAAUUUGGACUUUUGGCGCCAACUCUGGAGGGUGAUUGAGCGAAGCGAUAUCGUGGUCCAGAUAGUAGAUGCUCGAAACCCCCUCCUGUUUAGAUGUGAGGAUUUGGAAUGUUAUGUGAAAGAAAUAGAUGACGAUAAGGAGAAUGUGAUUCUGAUAAAUAAGGCAGACUUGUUGACUUCUGAGCAGCGGAGCGCCUGGGCCACAUACUUUGAAAAAGAAAAUGUGAAGGUGGUUUUCUGGUCAGCUUUGGCUGAAGCCAUCCCACUAAUUGGUGACUCUAAGGAACAAGCAGAUGCAGAUGCUGAAGAAGCCAACAGAACUGACUCUGAAAACUCCAGCUGUGAUGAGGCUGAAAUUCCACAAGGUGAGACUCGACAUCUAGAGAGGGAUCCUCUCUCACUUAGUGAAGUUGUCGCUAGUGAUGAAGACGACAGUGAGUAUGAGGACUGUCAGGAGGAGGAGGAGGAGGAUUGGCAGACAUGUUCGGAAGAGGACAGCGACCCUGACGAAGAAGCCUGUGGCCAGGACUGGCAGGAAAGCUGUACAGUGGAUGCCAAGGCUCAGGGCAGGAAAACCCCGCAGAAGAGGCAAACGCGCAAUUUCAGCCACCUGGUAUCAAAGCAGGAGCUACUGGAGAUCUUUAAGCAGCUGCACACUGGGAAGAAGGUGAAAGAUCAGCACCUUACUGUUGGACUGGUGGGCUACCCAAAUGUUGGUAAGAGUUCAACAAUCAACACUAUCAUGGGCAACAAGAAAGUAUCUGUGUCUGCCACACCUGGUCACACCAAGCAUUUUCAGACUCUCUUUGUGGAACCUGGCCUCUGCUUAUGUGACUGCCCAGGCCUGGUGAUGCCAUCCUUUGUCUCUACCAAGGCUGAGAUGACUUGCAACGGAAUCCUCCCAAUUGACCAGAUGAGAGAUCACGUUCCACCUAUAUCACUAGUUUGCCAGAAUAUUCCAAGACAUGUUUUAGAAGCUACCUAUGGCAUUAACAUCAUAAAGCCUAGAGAGGAUGAAGAUCCCCAUCGGCCUCCAACAUCAGAAGAACUGCUGACAGCUUAUGGAUAUAUGCGAGGAUUCAUGACAGCGCACGGGCAGCCAGACCAGCCUCGGUCUGCACGCUACAUCCUGAAGGAUUAUGUCAAUGGUAAACUCCUGUACUGUCAUCCUCCUCCGGGGAGAGAUCCCCUGACCUUUCAGUAUCAACACCAGCGACUACUGGAGAACAAAUGGAAUGGUGGUGAAAUGAAAAUACAGCCAGGUCGGAAUAAAAAAGCAAAACAGAUUGAAAAUGUUGUUGACAAAACUUUUUUCCAUCAAGAAAAUGUGAGAGCUUUGACCAAAGGAGUCCAGGCUGUGAUGGGCUACAAGCCUGGGAGUGGCCUGGUGACUGCAGCUACUGUGAGCUCUGAGAGCGGGGCUGGGAAGCCCUGGAAAAAACAUGGCAACAGAAAUAAAAAAGAGAAAAGUCGUCGACUCUACAAGCACCUGGAUACAUGAACACAACCGAAGUGGCAUCUGCAUUGUGCGUCUGGAAAAGAACAGAAGCUGCUCCUGGCCUGUGGUGCUACAGAAUGGACCUGCUCUGUGGCACACAGCCACACCCAGCGUCACUAGCAAGACCCAGGGCUCCUUGGAGCACCAGCUCUAAGGUAGUCAUCUCGGAGCCCCGGAACCUCCUAUGGGAGGCUGAAUUAAGAUGGGGGAAAGAACGAUGUAUAUUUGUUUGUGUAAAUAUACACAAAUGUAUACUAAUUUGUAAGUUGGGUAAUUUUUGAAGAGAUAUUAAAAUUAAAUUGCCACUAA